UCGGGGACGCUCCGGGGCACGAACAGCGCUGAAGCCUAAGGCUGGCUGCGAAAGAGCCGAGUCCAGGCGCGUCGAGCCCCUCGGGUGGCAGAGGCCAGAUACCGAGGCGCGCGCUCCGGGACCGGGGUGGCGAGGGCCCGGACCCGCGAGGAGCCGGUGAGCGCCGUUGGGCCCCCGCCCUCCCCGGCCGGCCGCUCCUCCCCUGGGUGGGUCCCCGCGCCUUUUCUGGCGGGGUCUAUUUGCAUAGAGGGAACUGCUCGAAGUGGCCGCUGCGUCGGAGCCGGCGGCGAGGGGGGCGUGCGCGAUCCACAGCCACCGGGACGCCGAGCCCCGCAGCCGCCGACCUGGAGCCUCCCGGGGCCGCAACGACGACGCCGAGCCGGCCGGUCGCCAUGGGCGCGGGCGAGCGCACGGCAGGCGGGGGAGGCGCGCAGGACCGCGGAGCCGGCUGCGGGGCCCGGGCUCUGGGCGCGCUCUGUCUGCUGCUGUCGGUGGGCUCGGCCGCCGCCUGCCUGCUGCUGGGUGCCCAGGCGGCCGCACUGCACGGCCGAGUGACGGCGCUGGAGCAGGAGCGCGAGCUGUGGCGGCGUGGGGGACCGUCGGGAGCCCUGGCCGCCUGGGCCGAAACGCACCUGGAGCGCUUGCUGCGCGAGAAGUUGGAUGGAGUCGCCAAGCUCCGGACAGUUCGGGAAGCCCCCUCUGAGUGCAUCUGUCCCCCAGGUCCCCCCGGACGGCGUGGCAAGCCCGGACGAAGAGGCGACCCUGGCCCUCCUGGGCAAUCAGGACGAGAUGGCUACCCGGGACCUCUGGGUCUGGAUGGCAAGCCAGGACUUCCAGGCCCCAAAGGGGAAAAGGGUGCACCAGGAGACUUUGGCCCUCGGGGAGCCCAAGGGCAAGAUGGAGCUGCAGGACCACCUGGUCCCCCUGGACCACCUGGCGCCCGGGGCCCUCCUGGUGACACUGGGAAAGAUGGCCCCAGAGGAGCUCAGGGCCCAGCGGGUCCCAGAGGAGAGCCUGGACAAGAUGGCGAGAUGGGCCCCAAGGGACUCCCAGGACCCAAGGGAGAACCCGGCACUCCUGGAAAGAAGGGGGAUGAUGGGAUGCCCAGCCAGCCAGGACCCCCCGGACCCCCAGGUCCCAAGGGCGAGCCAGGGGAUGUGGGGCCCCGAGGAGAGAAUGGAAUGGAUGGCCCUCCCGGACUGAAGGGGGAGCCCGGCCACCCAGGCACAGAUGGAGCCACAGGGCCCCGGGGUCCCCCAGGGCUCAAGGGAGAACAAGGUGACACGGUGGUAAUCGACUAUGAUGGCAGGAUCUUGGACGCCCUGAAGGGUCCUCCUGGGCCACAGGGAGCCCCAGGGCCACCAGGGAUCCCUGGAGCCAAGGGUGAACUUGGAUUGCCUGGGGCCCCAGGAAUCGAUGGAGAGAAGGGUCCCAAGGGACCAAAAGGAGACCCAGGAGAGCCUGGGCCAGCUGGGCCCAAGGGGGAAACAGGCGAAAUGGGCCUGUCAGGCCUUCCGGGUGCUGAUGGUCCCAAGGGAGAGAAGGGAGAGUCAGCAUCUGACCACCUACAGGAGAGCCUGGCCCAGAUCAUAGUGGAGCCAGGGCCCCCCGGGCCUCCUGGUCCCCCCGGACCCAUGGGUCUGCAGGGGAUUCAGGGUCCCAAGGGCCUGGAUGGAGCCAAGGGAGAGAAGGGUGCAUCGGGUGAAAGAGGCCCUCAUGGCCUGCCUGGUCCAGUCGGCCCACCGGGCCUUAUUGGGUUGCCAGGAACCAAAGGAGAGAAGGGCAGACCCGGGGAGCCAGGACUUGAUGGUUUCCCUGGACCCAGGGGAGAGAAGGGCGACCGAAGCGAACGUGGAGAGAAGGGAGAGCGAGGAGUUCCUGGCCGGAAAGGAGUGAAGGGCCAGAAGGGAGAGCCAGGCCCACCGGGCCUUGACCAGCCAUGCCCUGUGGGCCCUGACGGGCUGCCUGUGCCUGGCUGCUGGCAUAAGUGAUCCUCAGACGUGGCUCCUCACCUGUACAGACGCAUGUGGAUGUUUUUAACUUGUUUAAAAAAAAAAAAAACAGUAAUAUAUUGAUCUUCUUUAUGGGAUGUGCCAACUGUGGCCUUGUAACGUUUGCAAGUGUGCCAACCAGCCCCUGGACGGUCUGCACAGGAAGCCGGCAGGAAAGCAGAUAGGUCACUCUGGGAAAACUUGUACUUGAGGGCCCCGGGCAGGGCCUGGCUUUCCCAGGGAAGAUGACGAAGGUGAAACCGCCUGGCUCAGGUGAGGCUGGACAGACUCCAAGUUGGGCCUGUAAUCACCUGAUCAGCAGAGACAAUAACUGUUCUCUGAAGCCCCACUUGCCCCAACCUCUCACUGUCCAACAAGAACCGUCCCCCCCCUCCCUUUGGACAACUGCUGUACCCUCUUUCCUCUGGACCCUGCCAAAGGCAGCUGCACUGGGACCCUGUGUUCAACAGGACAGGUGAAGAUUUCAAGAGUCCAGCACCGGAGAGAAGGCAAUGGAGAGAAACCCAAGAGGGUCUUGCUCCAGCCAGGCUCAGUAGACUGCCAGAAGCGGCCCUGUCACAGGAGCUUGUGUCCUCCAGCCUUGAGACAAGGCAGGGCUCUGUGAAUACCUCAGUAUGGAGCCAGCUGCAGGCAGCCCAGUGACCCCUGACUGUGCAGUGAAGAGACCCAUAGGCACUAGUUGCUACAUUCAGCCUCCUCACCGCCUCACCCAGGGCAGGAGCAGAAAGGGCCUGUGUCAGCCCCAAGGAGACAGGCCUCCCGUUCAGAACUUGGGUCUCAUCAGCCCCAAGUCUCCCGCCUAGAACUCUGGUCAGCCUGGCAGAAACAGGCCUCCUGGUAAAUGGUACAGACAUCACGAACCCAAAGGCCAGUCCCCGGCAAGCCCGAACAAUACACCUCUAACAAAGGUUCCCGCUACCCGAUCCAUGGCCUCACAUCCCUCCCUAUGUAAAGGUGCUGUGAGUAAUAGAUCACAAAUGUGUGCCUGGGUGUGCCUGUCCUUGAGGACUUCCCCGGUCAUCUCUGGCUGAGUUUCAUUUUAGUGGAAGAGGGGCUUUCGCAGAAACCCGAGGAUAUAUUCAGGGUUAUAGGCUCAAGUCCUGCACCCACGCAUGUCAGGAGAAUCCGGGGACCAGCCAUUUCACUAAGGCCCUGUAUGCCCUUCUGUUCUGCUUAGCAAGGACUCCCCAAACUUGUCGCCUCAGAAUGUUCACUCUCUCAGCUCUAAAGAUCCAGGGGCUCACCUGUACAGGUCUCACUCUCGGACUCACCUCAUAUGGUGGUUGGCGCCUGUCGGAAGAAUCCUAGUGGCCAUGACACCUACCUACGUAGAACCUUUCUACGUGACCUGGACUUCCUCACGGCAUGGCAGCAGGAUUCCUAGAAAGCUGUGUCACCUUGUAUGACCAAGCCCUCAAAGUCAUAUGCUGCCACUUCCUGCCAGAGUCAGAGGUUCACCCAGCUGAUGGGGAAGAAGACAGAACCACCUCUCACUGGGGAAAGUGACAAUGUCAUAUUUAUAAACGAGAAGACGUGGGAGAGUAGAUCUUAUUGUAGCCCUUCAAAAAAAUAAAAAAAAAAAUCAUAAACAUCGGCUUUCAUGUAGCCCAGGCUAGCCACACCAGGUAGCUAAGGAAGACUGUUGGGGGUUGGUCUGCAAAUAAUAAAUCAUAAACAUUAUAUAGCUCAACACCCAUUUAAUUUACAACAACAGAUGACCAUAAAUCUAUGGCCUGCCAGUCUCUACUCCCGAGUGCUGGAAUUACAGCGGUGCACCGCUGUGCCUGAUUUAUAUAGUGCUGUGUUCGAACCUAAGGCUUUAUGCAUGCCAAGCAAGCACUCUACCAACUAAGCUACAUUCUUAGCCCUUGUUACAGCAUCUUCAAUAAUGCCUCCUGCCACUCAUCUGUAGCAUGAGACAGUAAUGCUCAAAAAUCAGAUGUGGUUCAGUAAGAUUCAGCUUUAUGGAAUACACACAGAGCCUAAGACCAGUCAGACACCCCGAAGUACCUAUGGCUGACUGCCCUCACUAUCCACUCCAAGACCAAGUAUUAGCCAGAGUCCUGAAGAAUGGAUCCGUGUCUCCCCUCUGCUUGUCCUUAGAAGCUGAAGAGAAAUGCCCAGCAAAUGUACCCAUUAUCACAGAUGACAAAAACCUAGCUCUUUCUGUGUGUGCAGAAAAACCAGGAGGCUGCGGUAACAGUGUCUCCGGCCCCCUUCCUCCAAAGACUGAGGUCCAAGGAGGGCCACACUCCCCAGAGCGCACACGUGGAUGCCUUGCAAAGCAGGGGCCCAGCCACACACAGGUGAUGUCCGCUCCCUACCUCUGUCCCCCUCUGGAGCCAACCAUGUUCUCUGCCACUUGACUGGGUUGACUCGGGAACCAGAAUGAGAAAAGGCAGAUGUCAUGGGCCAAGCUGACUAGGGUGGCUCCUUGGUGUUCGUGCCUACUUUGGAGAUGCACCAUAGCCUCUUGAGCCCACCACACUCUACAGCUAGCAAGUCACUCCUCCUCUCACCUAAGGACAUCAUCACUUCAUCCCCUCAACAGUCCUGUGAAGAAAGGCACAGCGGUGGGAGGUGUUACUAUGUCCAUUUUACAUUGAAGAAAUCUGAGGCUCGGAGUGGGUAGUCAUCUGCUCAAGCCUGGAUAUACAGCAAGGCUAGAGUGACAGGCCUGGGACUGGACCCAGGCUCUUGGAGGUCGCCUAAUUUGUCUUCAGAAUUGCUUGGCAGCUCAUGGAAUCUGCUCGGCAGUCCCCUGACAUUGGGUGGACAGCAAGCAGAGCUGUAGAAGUCCGAACUGCUUGCUCUCCCUUUCUCCUCUCAGGCCAUUCUUGGACCAUUGCUGCCCCCAUGUGGACUCAUACCUUGGACCCUUGCAAAUGGACAUGCAGAGCCACUGAGUCCUACGCCAGCCUGGAGUGGAGACAGAGAAUGAGUUGUUCAAGGUUCCAAGUGAGAGGCUGGGGAAUGUCCUGCCUCACCAAUGAGCCUCAAGGACUGAGAAGGGCAGUUCUCUGUCAGUCCUAUAAUUCUGGAAGAGAGGGGUCUGUUUAUUGAGUCCUUGAGUGUUUGUUCCAUGGACACAAAAGAAGCCACCAGGAUGGCUGUCCCCCUGGACAGAUGGCUCCGAGGCUUUAGGGAAGCCUGCUUGCUUGAUAUCCGUCCUUAAAGGAGGCUUUGAGUUCUCACAGAAUUGGGAGACACUCCUGGCAUUCAGUGGACAGUCAAGUUAGCAUACACCUGAAAUCCUGGGCACUCCUGUCCAGUGGUGAAGCUGAGAAGACCUUGCGUUAGAUGCAAGGGUUGGGUAUGUUUGUUGGCUUAUUAAAAAGGGUCUCAAUACAUAGUCUAGGUUGGUCUCAAAGUUGCAAUUCUGCCUUAGCCUGGCAAGUGCUGGGAUUACAGGCCUGCAGCACCAUGCCCCCCCCAUCCAAGUCUAGCUCAGCCCCUUCCCUCCUCUCAGCCCGUGCCCCCUUGGCCUCCAGUGUUGCCUUGAAGGGCAGAUGCCAGGAAAUGGACAGAGAACGUUUAGCAUGGGGUCAGGGUCAGGAAGGACAGGCCUUUUCUGAGCAGGAAGUAAAAACUACUUUUAGGUAGUUUUAUGAAACUCCACUCAGUUUGGGGAGAUGGAAGGGCUCUGUGGCUGGGUGUUGGUGAAAAGAUGCAGCACUGAGAAUGUACUGAUGCCACUGAAUUGUACCCUUCAAAAUGGUUUGGUUUUUUUUUUUUUUUUUAUGUAUAUUUUACCACAAUAAAAA